AUGGCAGUUUCUGCUGCUGUUUCAGGGGCGCUUUUUAUUCGUUGGAGGAGUGACGAAGGGCUGAAGGUUACGGCCCCCCAUUCGCUAAAUUCCAGAAAGAGUUGGGGGGUCCGGGUUCUCUUGGGGGGGCUUGCUCAUCUUUCCUCGUACGAAUCCCGAGCUGCAUUCAGCCUCAGUGGUGCUCCUCUGCCCAGCCCCCCAAGCGAGGCUAGAGCUUCUGUGGCAGACCCUCCGACAGUUCCCGUGCCCCAGGCGAGACAGACUGGGAAAGGGACCGUGAGAGCUGCAGGGACUACGGGAUUUCUAAGGCGUCUCCCCCCAAACCAAAAAGCCCUUGAUCCCACCCCCAGGACGGAGAGGACCCAGCAGACCCAGGCCGCGGGCUCUCGAGGAGGGAACGUUCUAGCUGCUCUUUGGAGACAGACACUUGUAAUUAUGUGGACCUUUAAUUGCAUUGCUUCCUCCCCCCCUGUUCAGAGCUGCUCCGAGUGUAAGGAGAAGAGGCCAGCGCACAUCCUGUGUACCUACUGCAACCGAUGGCUGUGCAGCUCCUGCACCGAGGAGCACCGGCAUGCCAAGGACAUGGCAGACCACUUUCUUUCCCGAUCCCAGAAAGGAUCUUCAGGAAUGGACAGUGGGUCCAAUGACUCCUCUUUGUACUGCCCAUUGCAUGGUCAAGAGAUUCUCAAGUUGUUCUGCGAGACCUGUGAUGUCCUCACGUGCCAUAGCUGCCUAAUGAUUGACCACAAAGAUCACAGGUGCAGACAUCUAGAAGAGGUUUUGCAAAACCAAAGGAUGCUUCUGGAAAGUGUGACCACUCAAGUGGAGCAUAAGAAAACUGGGUUACAGGCUUCUGCUAAACAGAUUGAAGACAGGCUAUUUGAAGUCAAGCAUCUUCAUAGGAAAGUAGAAAACCAAAUCAAAAUGGCCAAGAUGGUUCUGAUGAAUGAAUUGAACAAGCAAGCCAAUGGACUUUUGGAACAGUUGGAGGGUUUCACCAAUGAAAGGAAGCAGAAACUGGAGCAGCAGUUACAGAGCAUCAUGGUCUUAAACCGCCAGUUUGAGCACGUGCAGAACUUCAUCAACUGGGCAGUCUGCAGUAAGAACAGCAUCCCCUUUCUCUUCAGCAAAGAACUGAUUGUAUUUCAGAUGCAGCGUUUAUUGGAGACGAGUUGUAACACAGAUCCUGGCCCUCCCUGGAAGAUCAGGUUUACCUGGGAUCCUUCCUUCUGGACAAAGCAGCUGACAACCUUAGGCUGCAUAACAACGGAAAGCGGACCCCUUCCCCGGCCAGAAGCCCUCAGCUAUGGAAACAUGCAAGGGUCAUCUUUUUAUCAUGGUCACCUCUCCCCAGUCGCCCAGCAGGAUCCCCUUGGCAGCCAGCCACACAAAUUCCAAGCUUCAGGGCCAUGUUCCACACCAGUCUGCUGUUCUCACUGCCCCCCAGCCAUCCACGUACACAAAAGCCAGGCCCCACACCCCAGCACCCACCAUUCCCAGAGCUUCAGACACCCCUCUGAGAUGCAGCCCCCGCCACAUAUGUCUGCCCAGUAUACGCCGGCAGCAGCACCCAGUGAGAAAGAUCCGGCCUGCAGCCCCCCCGCUGUGAAGCUGAUGCAGCCCUGGCUGGACCCCCAGAUGCACACAGAGCCAGAGGGUGCCCCCCAGGGGCUGGGCAAGCUCUCCCACACACAGCCCCUGCAGCAGGGCCCACACCCUGCCUGCUCAGGGGCCCCGCCGACACACAGCCAACACGCUCAGCGUCCCCUACAGGCCCCCACCGUCCAAGUCCAGUUUGGCCAUCACCAGAAACUAAAGUUCAGCCAUUUUCAGCAGCACCAGCAGCUGCCACCUCCUCAGCCACCGCAGGCGCUGCCCCCGCCGCCACAGCCGCAGCCACAGCCUCCACCGCCGCCACCGCCUCCGCUGAGCUCGGGCCAGCACGAGAGUCCCCACGAGCCUGUCCUGCAUCCUAGCUUGGACAUCAUGCACCACAAGUUUGAGCUAGAGGAAAUGCAGAAGGACCUGGAGCUGCUCCUUCAGGCUCAGCAGCCCAGUUUACAGCUCAACCAGACCAAGUCCCCCCAGCAUGUGCAGCAGACCAUCGUGGGCCAGAUAAACUACAUAGUGAGGCAGCCGGCGCCUCUUCAGCCUGUCCAAGAAGAAGUCUCCCAGGCCUGUGAUGAGCCCAGUGUUCCUGAGGGCCCAAAGCCAAUUCCACCUCUUGAUAGGACUGUCAUCCCUCCCGUGUCCCAGGCCAUGGUAGAAGAUGCCCCUGUCAGCGUGCACCCUUUGGACAGCACCAUGCAGCCCUCCUCUCCUAAUCCAGUGAGAAAGCGCUCAGCCUCAGUGAGCAUAAUGGGCUUCUCCAACACCCUGGAAAUGGAACUGUCAUCCCCAAGAACAGGAAGAUCAAUGGAGCCCCAGAUCCAGAGUGUGACCAGCCUGACACCUGGCUCCUGCUCCCACAACCUGGGCUCUACCUCCGACACACAGCCAGAAACAGGGCCCAGUUAUAAUCCAGCAGUCACCCGGGUCCUGCACCCUGGGGAUGGGGCCAGCCACUUAUCUUUGGGAGACGUUCUCUUGGGCAAUGCACCAUGCAAGAUGGAAAAUGAGGAUUCCAGACCUAUUAGUGACUCUCUGGGACACAACACAGCAGCUGCCUGCCCAGAUGCUCAGGAAGAAUUAGUUCUUCCUUUGCAAAAAAUCCUGGAGGAACCGAUUAAUCUCUCAGUGAAGAAACCCUUGCAUCUCGCCUCUCCCCCAGUGCCAGCUGUCAGUGCUUCUCCCCUGCCAUCCGUGACUGUGAAACCUCUUUGGCACACAGAAGAUUGUGGGAAUUCUGAACAGGAGCCAUUUGGGGCAGACACAAAGGAGAAUUCAAACAUCAGGGCCUACCCCAAAGAGCUGAAGAUUCCCUACGUUCGCCUGGAGCGCCUGAAGAUCUGUGCAGCAGCCUCGGGGGAGCUGCCUGUGUUUAAACUGCAGAGCGAGCAAGAUGGGUCCUUUCUGCUGGUCAUCGAGUGUGGCGCUGAGUCUUCUAGCAUGUCCAUCAAGGUCAACCAGGACAGUUUGCCAGAUGCUUUGAAGCCUAAGGCUGAGGAUCAAGAACAGAGAAACGUUCCUGUAGGCUUUGCAGCUGGCCAGAAACUGCCCUUGUUUGAGACCUCAUCUGGGGAACAAAGGAGCCACUAUAACCCUGGAGCCAAGAAGUCUCCCUCUGCUCCCAGCACAGACCCAAUUGAGAAUGAAGACUUCUGUGCAGUGUGUCUGAAUGGGGGGGAGCUGCUUUGUUGUGACCAUUGCCCAAAGGUGUACCACCUUUCCUGCCAUGUUCCAGCUCUGCUCAGCUUCCCGGGGGGUGAGUGGGUGUGCACCCUCUGCCGGAGCCUAACAAAGCCUGAGGUGGAAUACGACUGUGACAAUACUCGAUAUGGCCAUAUCAAUCCUGGAGGACGCCUACUCUCUGGCUUGAGUGAUUAUGAUCAGAAGAAAUGUGAAAAGCUGGUGUUGUCCCUGUGUUGCAGCAGCCUUAGUCUCCCAUUCCAUGAGCCUGUCAGCCCACUGGCCCGGCAUUAUUAUCAGAUUAUCAAGAGGCCCAUGGAUUUGUCAAUUAUCCGGAGAAAGCUCCAGAAGAAAGACAUCGCCCAUUACUCUAGCCCGGAGGAGGUGGUAGCUGAUGUUCGACUUAUGUUUUGGAACUGUGCAAAAUUCAAUUAUCCGGACUCAGAGGUAGCAGAGGCUGGCCGAUGCCUGGAAGUCUUCUUUGAGGGCUGGCUAAAGGAGAUCUACCCUGAGAAACUGUUUGCUCGGCCACGGCAGGAGGACUCAGACUCAGAGGAGACAGAGAAUGAGAGUGGAGGCUCCAUGCCUCCUCAGGGCUUCCCAUGGCCGGCCUAUGGACAGGAGUAUAUCCAGCCCAAGAGGAGACGCCGUCAUACUGAGAGUGAGAGAGCAAAAAGGCUCUCAUUCCGUCUGGCCAGCAGCUUCCCCCAGGUGUGA